AUGGGUUUCAUUCCCAGACUGUACCUCUCCGCCAUCCACAGGUACUCCGCCCCCCUCUCUUCUCUCCUCUCCGCCAUCCACAGGUACUCCGUCCCCCUCUCUUCUCUCCUCUCCGCCAUCCACAGGUACUCCACCCCCCUCUCUUCUCUCCUCUCCGCCAUCCACAGGUACACGGCGCCUGCAUCCCUCAUUGCAGUUCACACAACCUUUCUUAUAGCGAGUAUAUCCGACCCCGGUACAGUCAUACCCGUUACAGUGCAGCAGACCCAGGCAGUGUACCCAUACGAUGGAGUCAUCUACACCAGACGAGUCUGCUCCUCCUGCAAGAUACCCAUGUAUUUGAAAAUUCCAGCCAACGUUUCUUCCUUCUCGCUUGUUCCCCCCACCCUCUCACUUACUGCCUCUCCUUCUCCCCUCGUCUUUCCCUCUCAGGCCAGCACGAGCCAAGCACUACAGGAACAACUGUGUUGGAGAGAACAACCUCCGCUUCUUCCUGCUCUUCCUCUUUGCGUGAGUGUGGCGAUUGGUGUGGGGAAGGAAGUGGUUGGGGAAGGGGGAGCGGGGAGGGAGUGGGGAGGGGAGUGGGAAGGGGAGUGA